AUGUCGAAGCCAUUUGACCCAGAGACGGCAGAUAACCUGGAGGAUAUUGAGAAGCAGUUCGCUGUGAAGGCCGUUGAACAACUGAUGACAUACUGGUCGAUCCUCGAGAAGGUCCGGGGCUCGCAGCUCAGACUGACGAAGAUGGACGACGAUAUCUACGAACACUUCAAGAAAGAAUUCCCCGACUUCGAUCCUUCAGCUACUCUUGACGAGAAUGAAAUGAAGAGCAAGGAGGGCAAGGAAAAGUGGCGUGAAUUCAUGAAUACCUAUGAGAACAGCAUUGCCGACUACAAUUUCGGUACCAUGCUCCGGGCCAGAGCCGACGUUGAAUACGAUCAAGAAACAACCAUUUUCGCAAUGCGCAUGCAGUUCUAUGCCAUUGAGAUCGCUAGAAACCGUGCUGGUCUGAAUGAUUGGAUUUAUGAAAAGGCGCACCCAGAGGAGAAGAAGGCAAGCUCAUAA